AUGUUUAAUCAACAUAUAUUAGAUACUCCAGCUGUGAUUUUUGACAACGGAUCUGGGCUGUGCAAAGCAGGCUUGUCUGGAGAGGUUGGAGCCCAUCAUGUCAUCAGCUCUGUCGUGGGACAUCCGAAAUCGAACUUUUCUUUAGCCGGAUCCAAUCAAAAGAACUACUUUGUGGGGAAACAAGUCCUGGACAAGUAUGAUGCCCUACACCUGCACUACCCCAUUAAGCGUGGCCUAGUGACAGACUGGGAUGACAUGGAGAAGCUCUGGCAGCACCUUUUUGACUGCGAGCUGGGUGUGAAACCCUGCGCCCAGCCCCUGCUCGUGACUGAGCCCUCCUUGAACCCUAGGGAGAUUCGGGAGAAAAUGGCAGAAGUGAUGUUUGAGACCUUCAAUGUGCCUGCCUUCUAUCUGUCAAAUCAAGCGGUGGUAGCACUCUAUGCCUCCGCCUGCGUCACGGGCCUGGUGGUGGACAGUGGGGAUGGGGUCACUUGCACUGUCCCCGUCUUCGAGGGUUACUCCCUGCCUCAUGCUGUCACCAAGCUCUACAUAGCAGGAAGGGACCUCACAGAGCACCUCACCCGGCUCCUCUUGGCCAGCGGGCAUACCUACCCCAGCAUAGUCAACAGGGGCUUGGUGGAUGACAUCAAAGAGAAGCUGUGUUAUGUGGCUUUUGAUCUAGACAAGGAGCUAAGCAAGAGGCGGGAGGACGUUUUGAGAGAAUACAAAUUGCCGGAUGGGACUGUCAUCUGCAUCGGGGAACAGCUGUACCAGGUGCCCGAGGUCCUCUUUGUGCCUGAGCAGCUGGGCAUACAUAGCCCGGGGCUCUCGAAAAUGGUUGCUAGCAGCAUCAUGAAGUGCGACAUUGACAUCCAGAUGACCCUUUUUGCAGAGAUUGUGCUGGCCGGGGGCACCACUCUGUUCCCUGGCCUCGAGGAACGCCUCUUGAAAGAGCUAGAACUGUUGGCUUCCAAAGGGACCCCCAUCAAGAUCACAGCUUCUCCUGACGGGUGUUUCUCUGGGUGGAUUGGCGCAUCCGUCAUGACGUCUCUGAGCACUUUCAGGCAGAUGUGGGUCACCUCUGCCGAUUUCAAGGAGUUUGGGCCAUUGGUGGUCCAUAGAAGAUGCUUUUAG